UCGAUUAGGAAAAAGGGAGCAAAAUUGUAGGUGGCUCCAACGACAGUGAUGCGGUUCGACAACAAUCGUUGUGGCUUGUUAGAUAAAUUAGUUUUGUGGUUCCAGUGAACGUGGCGAACUUAAAUAGAUGAGAAAAUUAGAUGCACAAGAGGCCUGGGGUGCCGAUAAAUUAGAAGCGCAAUUAGAAGCAGCUCGGGAUGGUUUACGAGGACUCGAUCGUAGUAUUCGGAAAAUCCUCGGCCGGGAUCUUCCCGACGGAGAGAAUGGUCCAAUUCAACCACCACCCAGAUUAUCACAGAAGAGGCCAUUACAAGAGGACAGACGACGUGUUGUAUCAGACUUUGUCAAUAAUGAAUUACCUGGUGGGAAACGUAGAUGGCAGGGAUCUAAUGGAGAACCAAAGACAGUUUUCAGUCGUUUAAGUGCACGAGUUCCUUCCAAUGCUGAUGAUAGUGCUGAUGAAGAUGAUACUGUUAUUAAGCCGGCUGUGUCUUCAAGAGUAAUAGCAACCCCUAGAGAAAUUCCAUCUAGACAAGAAGUUAUCAGAAGGGAAAGAAUAGAUGAAAGAAGUAGGCAAAGGAAUAAGAGAAUGUUUGGUGCUCUUUUAGGCACCUUACAGAAAUUUCGACAGGAAGAAACCAAACUCAAAGCAAAGGAAGAUAAAAAAGCUGAAGUAGAGGCAAGAGUAGAAGAGGCACGAAGACGGGAAAAGGAAGAGUUACGAAGAGAAAGACAACAAUUAUUUUUGUCUCGCAAACGACAGCUAGCCGAAGUACGAGCGUUGGAAGCGAAGUUGGCACGUAGUCGGCAAUUCCAGGACUGGCGUGCUGCGCAAUUACCACUUGCGUCAUUUAUAAAAACUCGUGCUCAACCAUCUAUUUAUUAUGCACCGAAACGUAAACAUCCACAAACUGACAUUCUUUUGGCUCAGUCUGCGAAGGAACUGCAUGAGGAGGUCGAAAGAAGAGAAAAAGCAUUGGUCGAAGAGCUAGAAUUAAUCGAAGUACAAGUAGGUCUUGGUAAACAUCAACAAAACUUUGAUGGAUCCGCAACGAUAAAUACGACAUCGGAAAUCCAACAAUCGGCAGAAGAGGGAGAAGAAAAUCGUGAUCCGAAUCCGGAGAAAAAUUCAGAAUCUGAGAAUAAUGAAACCGCGGAAGUUUCAGGAAAAUCCGAGAAGGAUGAGAAUUAUGAUAAUAACUCGAAUGAGGUUGAAAAGAAAGAGGAGGAGGAGGAGGAGGAGGAGGAGGAAGUACAAGUAAAUGAAGUGAAGGAUGAGAAUAAUGGCUAGUAUUAAAUGUACUUAAGAUGUCUGUACAUAUUACGUACAUUGGAUGGUCCAACAAAGAAAAGGAUGGAGUUUUUCGUACUUGAUACUUGACUCGUGUGGAUAAAAAUUUUACAAUUUUUCGAAAAAAUUGUCACUUUCUACUUGUUCUCGCAUAGGUAUAAAUUCAUUCCCUUCAUCGUAUUGCAUACGCAUUUUUCAUCUUGCAUCGGUCGACGAGUCCCAUUCAAAUUAUCCAUAAAUGUAAGAGACUAGUUGCAGUUUAUCAGAAUCCCAUAUUUUUUAAAUGUUACAUAUUUCUAUUAUGGCUAUUAGUAGCGUACCACUUAAUUAAGUAACAACCACAUUUCAAGUAGGACGGAGUAACUCGGUGAAAGAAUAAGUAUGUCGAUAAAAUACCAUAAAAUAAGUCAAAAGAUUUUUAGAUUGAAAAAUUAUGUAUAAUAAUACAUUCAUUUUUUCCUUUGUAACAGUAUCUGUCUUUUAAUACAUAUGCGACAAAGAGAAGCGUUAAAUCAACAAUUUAAUGCUUUACGUGUAUGAUGGAAUAAAAUGUAUGAAUUCAAACGUCUUCUGACAAUGUAA